AUGGACGACAAAAUCCCAACUCAUAUGAAAGCGUUGAGGCUGGUCAAGUUCAAUGAGAAUUACCAACUAAAAGACGAGGUUCCUGUUCCUACUCCAGGUGAUGGCGAGUUGCUCGUGCGCGUCAAAGCCUCCAGCUUCUGUCAUACCGACUAUCAAGUCUACCAGGGCGUCUACGGCACUCAGCUGCCUUUCACCGGGUCACACGAGCCAGCAGGUGUCAUCGCUGCCUUGGGCCCCAAUGUAAGCGGGGACUGGGCGAUUGGAGAUCGUGUUGGAGUACUUAACUUCCGGAAUCCUUGUGGAUCCUGCGCAGGUUGUCGAUGGCGACUGACCAAGUUUGGGUCGCUUGAUGCCAGGUUCUGCGAGAAUAAGGUCAUGGGCGGCCUUGCCGGUGCCGAUGGGGGCUUUGCCGAGUACAUGAUCGCGGUAGACUAUGCUCUGGUAAAGUUGCCGGACAACCUGUCGUUUGAGCAGGCUGCACCUCUCAUGUGUGCUGGUGCCACAUCAUGGAAUGCCAUAAAACAGUGCCAAUUGAAACCGGGCGAGACUUUGGCUGUUGUCGGCAUUGGAGGGUUGGGUGUUCUUGCAAUCCAGUUCGCAAAGGCACUUGGCUUGCGAGUCGCAGCGGUUGAUGGUAGUGACGUUGGAACCGGAAUCGCCGCUAGCGUACCAAGUCAUCUUAAGCCCGACAUCAUCUGCAAGCUAAACGACCCUGAUACUAUCGAGAAACUUGCCCAAUUCUCAGAUGGCAUGGGAGUUGACGCUGUCAUCACCUGCACCGAUGAUGUCUCAGCAACCGAUUGGGCACUCCAUCGUCUACGGUAUGGAGGCGUGGGUGUCGUUUUGGGACUCCCGAAUGAUGGAUUCAAAUUUGAUCCUUUCAAUAUCGUAUUUCGCGAGCUCAUCAUUCGUGGCUCGCUACACAGCAGUGUGCAGGAGGUAAAGAAGAUGGUGGACGUUGUGGCAGAGCAGGGGAUUUGCAGCAAGAUCAACAAAGUCCCACUGCAGCAGGGAGAGAGUUUACCAGAGAGAAUUGCAGCUCACGAGUUUCAGGGACGCGUAGUAGUGACUUUGUAG